GACUCAACUGCAAAUUGCCAUGGAAAGAAUCAUAGAUGAUUUCAUGCUGAAUACACUGAACAUUGGGGGUCCUUCAUGCUGAGCGAGAGUGGGUUGCUUCAACUGAUGAAGGCCCAGGUUCCAAAUGUGCAACAGAUUCCCUGGAACAAUGUCUCUGCUGGAGAAUGCCGUCGAUACCAUGAUCAACGUCUUCUGUCAGUACUCCAACCUCAAACCUCCUGCGGACAAGCUGAGCAAAGGGGAACUCAAGCAGCUGAUGGAGAAAGAGCUUGCAGGGUUCUUGAAGAAUCAGGUGAACCCUCAGGCCAUUGAGGAACUGUUCAAUCAGUUGGACCAGAAUCAGGAACAGCAGCUCUCCUUCGAAGAAUACAUGGUCUUGAUCAGCCGGGCCACCUCAGCAACUCACCAGAACCUCCACAGCCAGUGAACGGGUGGAAACAAAAAAUAUAUAUUCUCACCACUACAUGGAGGAAGAAGAAGAAGAGAUCAGAAUGAUGGCUCGGGGAAUGGAAAAAGAGAAGAAUUAAAGGAGUGCAAAAUGCACGCAGGGCCAGGUGACUGCGGAGCAGGGCGU